UGUUUGCAGCAGAUCACAGGUUCAACAGCAGCAUACAAAUGCACAAAUUGCUCUCCCUCUAUCUAUCUGCACAAAUUCUGUGCAUAACUACCCGUAGAGAUGGAACACCCAAUGCACCCUGAGCACCUGCUUACCCUCCUCCAAGUAGUGGCCAAUAAAUUCAGAUGUGAUGGCUAUGAUAUAGGUUUGAAAGAAUUGAUUUAUCGUUGUUUGAUCUGCAAUUUCGACCUUGACAUAUGUUGUGCUUUGAAAGCACAUAAGCUUAAACAUGAAAGUCAGAAACACCCAUUAAGCCUCAUGUCCAGCUCGGCCUCCUUCAAAUGUCAUGCUUGUGGCACAAAGCGUGAAGGCAUGUCUUAUAUGUGUGACACAUGCAGUUUUUGGAUCCAUAAGGAUUGUGCUUCAUUAAUACCAACCUUCAAACACCACAAUCACAUUCACGCUCUCACCUCAUCUAUCCUAGUGAGAAAUAUCAUUCCAAGUUUAGUCGAUACGUGUGCAAAAUUUGUGAAAAUUCAAUGGUGGGAGAAAGUAAGGACAAAAAUAUGCAAUGCAUGUGUGCGAAAAAUUUUGGCUCCAUUUUACAGUUGUGGUCUAUGUGAUAUCUUUUUACACAAAUGGUGUGCUAGGCUACCAAAUGAAGUGAAGCAUCUGUGUCACCCACACCGGCUCAUCCUCCUCAAAAAACCCCUUGAACCUAGAGAAUUGUUCACUUGCUUCGGCUGCAGAUAUUUUUGCAAUGGAUUUGCCUUCAGAUGUAUGGAGAUGAAUUGUUCCAAUAAUUACUCUCUCGAUGUUAAGUGUGCUUUCCUACCUAAAGCCAUCAUUCAUAAAGUUCAUGAGCAUCCCCUCUUCAUAAAGGAAGAAUGUCUCGUCACAGGUUGUGCUGCAUGUGACCGUUGGAUUUAGAUAUUCUCAUUUGGAUGUGACAUUUGCGAUUUCAACUUACACUACACAUGUGUCGUGCUACCAGAUACAAUUAAGCAUAGGUAUGAUGAACAUCAUCCCUUCACCCUAAUUUAUGCACCCAUUAAGGAUGGACCCGAUGAGUAUAUCUGUGAAUUUUGUGAGGA